UGACCAUAUGAUGACGACAUACCUCAUCCUCCAUCCACUGUAGACCUUCCUUAAUGUGUGAAUUUAAACGAUUUGUGCAGCAUGCAUGCGUGACAAGAAAUACAUACUGCUUAUGUUACUAACAUGAAAACAAGAAAGGUCCUUGAACAAUUUCAUACGUGUUCGAGAAAUACCUGAAAAGUAUUGUGGAACUGGACUUCGGACAGCCUCGCUUCGCUAGAGGAUGUUGAUGCGACGAGGGUGCUUUUUAUAGGGGCAGGAAAAUGUUUCUCAUGUACAAGGCGUCCAGGAAAUGAGUUAAACCCGCCAUCAGUACCUACCCUAGACUAGAGUAGGAAGAGGCAGGAGAGGGACUGGUUGCCGUCUACAGUGCUAAUUUCGUCUGUUCCUAACGGUUUCUCUGACAACGAAACAAAAAUGAUGCAUUCUCUUUAAGAAUCGUACAACAUCGUAUAAACAGAGUCGAGGAGCAUGCAGGGCGCCAUCGUGCGGGUGUGCGUGGUGGUGACGGCGGCCAUCCUCAACCACCCGCUGUUCUUCCCAAAAGAGAACGCCACCAUCCCGGAGCAGGACGAGGCGCUGCUGGCCCGCAUGAAGGAGCACGAGGAGCGCCUGGAGGCGGAGCAGGCCAGGCUGGAGGAGGAGCUGUCCCGGCAGGAGAAGCGGGAGGCGGGAGGAGCCCACGAGGAGGAGGAGGAGGAGGAGGAGCGCUACGGCUGGUACUUCUGGAGCGCCCUGUCCCUCGUCAUCUUCCUCACCAUAGAGGUGUGCAGGCAGGAUUUUAUGGGCUCCUCCCCCUCGCGGGGCUCCACCCACGGGGACGAGGAGGGUCUGUCUGAGGGGCCCGUGCUGACCAAGGCCCUCUUCCCGGACAAGGGGGUCCUGAGCAGCUUCUACGAGCGGUGCAUCCGCGCCUCGGCCCAGGACGCCCGCAGGACCUGCGAGUUCGUGGAGGGCUUCGCCGAUGACCUGCUGGAAGCCCUGCGGAGCUCCAGCGACCGGGACGCCGACAUGGAGGUGGAAGACUGCCUGGGGGUGGGCAGCGCCUUCGAGGCCUGGAGGGUGAGCAGGCCGCUCACCUGCGACCUGGUGGUCCCCUUCGUCCCGCCCGAGCCAUACGGCUUCCAGUUCCGGCUGUGGUGCGACCCGCCCGGCGACACCCCCCCGGACAUGCAGGGCUGCGGCCGGAUCGCGGUGACCAGGACCCGUGAAGGCGGGCCGGACUGCCUCUGCGGGACGGCCGACCUGGGCGAGGACAUGCUCUGCCUCCUGCACGGCAAGAACGACAGGCCCAGGCCCGGCGACGGCGCCGACGACGACCUCCUGUGCCUCAAGAACACGCCGUACCUGGCCAAGGACCAGGUCAUGAAGUGGUUCCAGAUCUCCGUCACCAAAGCUUGGGGGCGCAUUUCCCACAAGUACGAGUUCGAGCUCACGUUCCGCAACCUGGACGCCCCGGGGGCCCUGAAGGUCCGGUUCCGGUCGGGACGGGUGAUCAUGCUCAACAUCACCCCCGUCGUCCAGUUCGAGGACACGGACGCCUACUUCGUCUCCCACUUCCCCUCUGAGAAUGGGAGCUGCUCGGAUACCUACUGGUCCCUCUCCUUCGCCGUGUACGAGAAGAACCUGCUGAAACUCUUGGCCAAGGGCUUGCCGGAAAACUCCUGCCACGUCCGCUGCCUCCAGAUCCUGUCGUUCCUGCACAAGAAGCAGGAGGGCCUGACGGGCAAGAGCGCCCUGACCAACUACCACCUGAAGACCGCCCUGCUGCACCUGCUCCUGGGCACCAGGGCGUCCGCGUGGCGCGGCGAGGACCUGGGCGUCCGCCUCCGCGACGUCACCGGCUUCCUGGAGAAGAGCCUCCAGGAGAAGCGGCUGUGUCACGCGCUGGUCGGGAACGCCCGCGUUCCGAGGGAAAUCGGGCUUCCGGAAAUGUUCCGCGCGGCAGAGCCCAUGAACCUGUUCCGGCCGCUGGUGCUGCAGAGGCAUCUCUACGCCAAAACGCUGGAGCACUUCCAGGAAAUGCUCAGGAACGCGUGCGCGCUCAUACGGGAGUACACGCCGCAGGUUCCAAACGGAGACGUGCCCCACACGCUCGCCGCCGGUGUAUGAUUUUGGUAAAGGCCCGUUUCUCUGUGCAGAAACAUGCUCCUUUGUAUGGAGACUGAAAGUUAGUCCCGGGUCGAAGUCUAACUGCACAUGCUGUGUCCUCAAGAAAGAAAUUCCUAAAUUUCUUGUGUUUUGGUGAAUUUAUUUCAGUUGCACCGACAAAUUCAUGAUGUUGCGAGAGUAAAAAAAAACAGCACAACACUUGCUGUUGUAUCUUUUCGGGCCCAUAUUCAGUCCCUGGGUCUGCUGUAGUUAAUUGCUGUGUGUUUUACUGUUACAGCUGUGUGUUACAGUUGGACCGUGUGGAAAAGACGCCUAACAUGUCUUCUUCUGUAGAGCACAGGCAUAAUUAUAUUGUACUAUAGCCAUCUCACUGGCAACAUUACGCACUGAGCUUGUAUGCAGCUAUAAUGGCAGUUUUAUAUGAAUGUAUGUUAUAUUAUUUAUACCAAACAGGUUUAUACUGUGAUUGGGUUGGACUGCGCUUUAUGAAAUUAUGCAUGUGUCAGCCUGAUUGACUGUUUGGCCUUGUUUUGGACUCAGCGGCUGUGUUAUGCUAAUUUUAUGUUUGCCAACGCGCAUUUCUGGGGGAAACAGUAGCGCACUGUGUGACUCUCACUUUUGACUCGUUUUUGAAUGGCCUUUCAGUUCUCUGCAGAGCUGCAGGUUCACGUCUGUCAUCGUCUGCAUUGCGCUCGACACACAGGCUCACAUAUGUGGCUCUGCUCCAGUGUGCAUUGUACAGGAAAUGAAAGUAGCUUGUCAGAACUAGCCAGACAUCGAUCCGGUGGAUGUAAUGCAGGGCACACAGGCCUGUUGCUUUAGCUGCAUCUGAAGUUCGAAAAGUGAAACAUUUACAUUCCCUUUUCCAAGGAAAAUAACAUUUUCAACAAAGCAGCCUAUUAAAGUGAACCAAAUGGUCCAAAUGAGUGAAGUGCCUGGCAGUGAACUGAGUUUUGAUUGUAUGUACAUAUAUUUUUAAAAUGAUCAUAACUUUAAUAUAUGUUUUUGUAUAAAAACAGCUUUUGAAGAUACAUGACAAGCCAACUGGUGUGGUGACUCUAAAUACUUUUUUGUACUGUAUUAUUUCAUAAUGAAGGUGUGAUAUAUUUUAUAUCAAAUAUGGAAGUGCCUUUUAUACAUAUUUUGGUAUCAUUUAUAAAAAACUAAAUUGUAUAUAGUUAUUGUUGAAAAUAUUAAUAAAAACAUUAUUUCAAAAUAA